AUGGGGAAUCACAAGUUCAAACUUUCAGAUAUGAUCCCAAGUGCAUGGUUUCACAAGCUUAAAGACAUGACUAAACAGUCUAAACCCAAAAACAAACCUUCUUCUCAUUCUUCCUCAAACACUUGUAACAAGAAAAAACUCUCCUCAGAUUCUCUUCCUCAUCACUUCUCCAAUAGCUUAGUAGCUAACAGUCCUCACCGUAACUCACCAAGAAACUCUAUUCACACAAAGAGGAUGAGUAAAAGAAGGACACUUUACAAGCCAUCUCUUAAACCAAACACUCCUCCUUUUGCAUCUACAGGUUUUAACAAGAGCAAGAUCAAUGUUCAAGAUUCUUCUCACUACGCGUUUCCAGCUCUUGAAAGGUCCCCUGAGUAUUUUGUGUAUAGUUUCUACAAAGAGGAGGAUGAUGAGUUCGUUGGUCAUUCCAACCUUAAGAUCAACACAAACAACAAAGCUUUCACCAAGUACAAGGUAAAAGAGUCUGAUUCUGUAGAGAAAGCUUGCCAUGCAAGUAAACGAAUCAAAAAACCAAUAAAAAGCCACCUUUCUGUGAGGAUUAAUAAAGAGAAAGAAGAAGAAGAUGAUAUUGCAGAGAAGAAACAGCAAAAGCAAGUUUCUAGUGGAAGAAAAUCAUCUGCAGGGAUAAACCUCAAAAGAGUAAAUUCACCUAGAAUUCAACUCUCAGGUACGCGUAGAAGCACGUCAAGAUCAGAGAGCAAACAAGCUGUUCUUGAGAGUUUUGCAGUGAUGAAACGUUCAGUUGAUCCAAAGAAAGACUUCAGAGACUCAAUGAUGGAGAUGAUAGAAGAGAACAACAUCAGAGCUUCAAAAGACUUGGAGGAUCUUCUUGCUUGUUAUCUUUCCUUGAAUCCAAAGGAGUAUCAUGAUCUUAUCAUCCAUGUUUUUGAGCAAAUCUGGCGGCAGCUUACAAAAACCAAGUAAAAAGCCGUUUUAUUGUAACGGUAAUUACAUCCAGUAACAUUAGUAGUACAAUCAUUCUGUCUUGUGAAGUUGUAGUUGUUGAUGUUCAUAAGAGUUUAGAUGUAACUGUGGAGAUUCUCUUUGAAGCAUAGUUUUAUGUUUUUUUAUUUCUCUUUUAAUCAAUGG